AGUCAUGUGACAGCAUGCGGAAAUAAAUAUACGAGUCCCAUGUCAAAAGCAGUAUAAAUGUUGGACACAAAUUUGUUAAUUUCAACGUUUAUUUUAGUAACGUUACAUGCAUCUCAUGUCCGUACACAUCUGGCACCUAGUUGCUUACCUUAGCUGUUUAUAAAAUCUGAAGUCUGCAGAUAUGGUGGUAUGUUUCUUGAUCCAUACGGUGAGUCCGGUGAACGCGCUAUCGGCUGGUGAGAGUCGUAUACUGUACGCGCGCGUGUUUAGACCGGAGACCGGAGAUGCUCGUGACUUUACUCCUGAGCAAAGACGACUGAUGCAAAAAGAGAAACUACACAUUGUGGCCAGGCAGGUGCAGAGUGCUGUGACUCUGAGUUUGGAGGCCUCAGGCAAUCCAUGUCCAGAGGCUGUGCUGGGUGAAGAGGCUGCGGCACUUGGUGAAGCUGAGUGUGGGGUGUUUUCUUUGGGGAAUGCAGAGCUGUUUCCCGACCGAAGUGUUGUUUUGUGGCUAAGUGUGCAGUCUCUAGCAUUCACUCUGGUCUGUGGACCACAUGAGAAUCUUCUACUCGCAGAGGGCACGAUUCGCAACAUCGCACGCCACUGUCUGGAGGAACUACGUCUGCUGGGACCUGGUACUGAGAUGUUGCUGAAGAGUGAUCGAGUGGAUGCAACAUUGCACAGACUCCUUCCUCACGGUCAGCUCCUCUUUCUCAACCACCGUUUUGCCUUCACCCUGGAUAAAGAGAUAGCAAGCUACGCGAGCAAAUGAGAGCGUUUGUAUUACUAUGUUUACAUCUGCAAGUGUUUGUCACUUAUUUUGAGAGUAAUAUAUGGUGUUUCUGAAAUUAAAAGUUAAAGAAACCUCUA